CACAAUGAGCUCACAGCGCCUUUAAAAAGACCAGGCGAGGUAGGAAUUGGCAGUAUGAGUUUGGAAGGGCGUCAGAGCAAAAGGAGAGUAGGUUUACAGUUUGCAAACCUCCGAGAGAGCGCUUGUCUUGUGUCACGUUGUUUAGAAAAUUCGUCGUGUUCACGUCUUCCAAAUCGAACUGUUUUGUGUGAGGAGUAUUAACCUUCACGAUGCCACGGGGUUUUUUGGUAAAGCGCAGGAAAAAGGCUGGAGCCGUCUCCUACAGGGUAAGAGAGGAUUGUUUGCCGUCGCAAGGGUCCCAAGUAUUCGUCUUUGGCUCGGACGUGCCUUGCACUACGGACAGAACCCAUGGCAGCACAGCAGCCUUGCCAUCAGCUUGCAGCAGCUACAUUCGAAAUAUACAGGACAGGGUCAAAUUCGGCGGGAUGCCUGAAGCUGAAUGCGCACCGACCCUAAGUCCAAACCGGCCUGUCAGCGCAGAGUACCCUCAGCAUUUUCCUUCGGGAGAUUGCCUUGACCGAAAGCUCAACUCCAGCUCACCGGUUCAGGCUGAAUCGUUUCCGGAACCAAGCCUCACAAUUAACGGUUCUCCCAGAACAUUAGUACCUUCUUUGGCAGAAAUGACCACGAAACUGGGUUCCAUGUGCAGUGAGUCAGUUCCUGUAGCUGUCAAGCGACCCGCUUCUUCAAGCACCAAAGCAAAGCAUACGAAUCCAAAAAAGCACAGGCCGUCAAGCUCAACCCAAGCGGAGAAAAAACAGGUACACCGAGAUGACGUCACUACAUCGCCAGUCCUUGGGUUGCGCAUCAAAGAAAGCCCAGAUGAGGAUGCCAAGCCGCGGUCCAAUAGCCCUCUCGGAGAGUUUAUUUGCCAACUUUGCAAGGAGAGAUACUCAGAUCCAUUGACCCUAGCGCAACACAAGUGCUCCAGAAUCGUGAGGGUCGAGUACCGGUGCACUGAAUGUGAUAAAGUCUUCAGCUGUCCAGCCAACCUGGCUUCCCAUCGGCGCUGGCACAAGCCAAGGAGCUCACAUCCCAACGGCAGCUCAACGGAAAGCGAGGAUAGCCAGUCCAUCCCCCUACCAGUCGUUCAGGAUCAGACCGUUAACGUCAGAGAAGCAAGCACACCUUCCCCGCAGCUCUCAGAUCCUGGAUCUGAAGAGGAGAUGACGUUCGACUGUCCGCAGUGUUGUAAGAAAUUCCGGCGACAAGCCUACCUGAGGAAACACCUGGCGCUACACAACAGGCAGGCAGCCGGUCUGCAGCAGAAGGGCACGCAUUCCACAGUGAAGAAGGCAAGACCAAACUCAAUCGAAACUGGACUGGUCUACCUCGGGGGGGACUCGUCAAUAACAGAACCUACAGGGGCCGGUGAGGUAUACCCAUGCAGAUUCUGUGGGGAGAAUUUUUUCUCCUCGCCUGGGCUGACGAGACACAUCAACAAAAGUCACCCAACAGAAAAUAGGCAGGUUAUUCUACUGUCUCUAACAGGCUGACAACUGCAAAAACACUCCGAGGUACCAAAUUAGAGUGAAGACUAUCGUCCACUUGCUUUUGCCUUCAUCAAAAACUUUGUUCACGUCUUCGCAGAGAUUGUUUUCUUUACUUGUACUGUUGUAUUGGGGACAUUUACGAACAUUUGUCUAUUAAAACAGAAGUACAUAUAAAUUAAGCAUCCAAAUUCUGUCUAGCCUUAUAUAUGUGUUUGUCUUUGUGUAUGUUUUCCUCGAAGGGGAUACAUGUUAAAUUAUAUUUAUUUAUUUAUGGUAUUUUGUACGGAACUUGUUUGCUGCUUUUUAUAUUAUGAAUAUACAUGCAUUUAUUACUCGCAUACACUGAAGGUUGUCGAUGAGAGCUCUUACGCUGAAAGUUGCGCGUGUGUUAGAACGAAAUCACCAAAUCACAUUUUGUACUUGUGUAUUACUCUGUGUUUGCUUUUUGUACUGCAAUAAAAGAUAAAC